UUAUCUUUGAGGACUGAAGUAUCUUUAAAAGAACGUAGGUCAUAAACCAACGUACAUUUGAGAUCAAUACAAGGUACAUUACUUUCCUCCUUCUUUGGGCCUAAAGUUGGGGAGUAGGGUUGAAGCCAGUAGGCAGGGUUUAAGCCAGAGCAAAAAUAAAGAACACGUUUGGAACUCAGCAGGAAAAUCGAAAUAAACAGAAAUCUAAGCUCUUCCGUUUGCCUUUAGCAAUGCAUUCUCAAUGAGGUCAGUUUCUCAAAUCUGGUUACAAUUAUACCAUUUGAAAUUUUGAUAAAAGCUAGGUAAUAAUCAUUCAUUUUUUACAUAGAAGUUGGCAUGGAAUGAAUCGAUUCAUUGCAGCUAAUUUUAUCACUAAAGGGAAUGCAAGCUUUAACCCAAAACGUAGUAUUACUAGAAAUAACAGAGUAACAGAAGAAGCAGACAGGGUAUAUUCAAUGGUUAAGGACGCCUGUGAAAUUAUGACAACACAAAAACAGUGGCAGGAGCCUCUGAGACUCAGGCUUUCCUCAGAACUUAUCAGCCACAUGCAUGUAAUUCUCAUUCUCAAACAACUACAAGAUGUAAGAUUAGGGCUUAUGUUUUUUAACUGGGUGGGGAGUCAGGAGAGUUUGAACUUCAACCAUCAUCCACAUUCGUUUUCUGCAAUGUUAAGAAUUUUAGCGGUUGCAAGGAUGUUUGACGAGGUAGAACGAAUCUUUGGGAAUAUGAAAGUCCAGGGCUCGAUUCCCACAGAGAAAGCAAUGAGUGAGCUAAUUAGUGCAUAUUGUGAUGACGGUUUGAUCAACAGGGCAUGCGAUAUGUUCGCAUAUUCUAGGAGCCAUGGUUUGUGGCCCUCUGUAUUUUCUUGCAACAGAUUGCUUGAUGCCCUUGUUAAGUGCAAGAGGAUGGAUGCUGCAGAGAGGGUUUAUGCAGAAAUGGAGGAUAGUGAGAUGAAUUGCCCUGAUGAGUACAGUAUAGGUAUAAUGAUUCGAGGUCUCUGCAGGGAAGGUAGAGUUUGUGAAGGGAGGCUUUUAAUGCGGAAGGCCUGUGGUAGAAAUGGGCGGGGAUCAAAUGGACCAAAUGUUGUGUUUUAUAAUACCCUUAUGGAUGGGUAUUUCAGGAAGGGUGAGGUUCAGCGAGCCUUUGGGGUAUUUGGCGAGAUGGUCAAAAUGGGGGGUUUGCCGAAUGUGGUAACUUAUGGAACUCUUGUGAAUGGUCUCUGCAAGGAGGGGAAUUUGGGUGAGGCAGGGAGGCUGUUGACUAAAAUGAUAGAAGUGGGCUUAAGGCCUAAUGAGUUUGUUUUCAAUGCUGUUAUUGAUGGGUACUGCAAGGAGGGUAACGUGUUCGAGGGAGGCAGGGUGUUGAAUAGAAUGCUUGAAAUGGGUGUUUUGCCUGAUGUUGUUACAUAUAAUUCACUGAUCAGUGGGCUCUGUGAGGGUGGGAAGAUGGCUGAGUCACAGAAACUUCUGAAUGAGAUGCUGUGUCGGGGCUUGGUGCCCAGCAAGUUUACCUAUACCUGUCUAAUGCAUGGAUAUUGCAAGCAGGGGAACAUGUCGAAAGCAACUAAUCUCUUGAUUGGAAUGUUGGAGAAGGGGCAUCAGCCUGAUGUGGUCACUUAUGGUGCUCUUAUCAAUGGCUUAUGUGUAUUGGGCAAGGUUCAUGAGGCCUUCUUUAUUCGAGAUAAAAUGGUGGCAAAAGGUCUGGAACCAGAUGUUACUGUUUACAAUGCAUUGAUUGAUGGCCUUUGUAAGGAAGGUCUUCUGGCUGAUGCAAAGAAAGUCAUGAUUGAAAUGCUGGAGAAAGGUUGUCUUCCAAACAACUAUACUUAUGUUACGAUAAUAGAUGGGUAUUGUAGGGAGGGUAAAUUGAGUGAAGCCAUAAAGAUCUUCAAUUUUAUGCUUGAAAAGGGCAUUGAACCUGGAGUUGUCGGUUAUAAUGCAAUGAUAAAAGGCUAUAGUAAGUUAGGUAUGAUGGAACAUGCCUGUUCAUGUGUUGUACAAAUUAUUAAGCAGCGACUGGUUCCUGAUAAUAUCACCUUCACUACCCUCAUAGAUGGAUACUGCAAGCUACAAAACACAUCUAAGGCUAUGAAAUUGUUAAAUCAAAUGGCAAGACAAGGGUGUAAGGCAGAUGUUGUCACUUAUAGUGCACUAAUUAAUGGGUACUGUAAAGGAGGGAAAAUGCAAGAGGCUUGGGCAGUGUUUGAAUACAUGCAAGAAAAGGGACUGGUCCCAAAUGAGGUUGCUUAUAGCACUCUCAUACAAGGGUACUGCAAGGAUGGCAACAUUGUGGGAGCAAUAGAACUUUUUGAUAAAAUGUUGCAGAAGGGUUGUAUACCUAAUGAAGUGACAUAUAAUAUACUUAUCAAUGGACUCUGCAAGGCCAGCAGCAUGCAGUCAAGACACUUGGAACAAAGUAUGCACACAAAAUUGCCAGCCAUCUUCUAUAAAAUGUUGCAGGAUGAUUGGGAUUCUAAGACUGCAGCUUAUAAUAUAAUUAUCAUGGGUCUUUGUGUCAGGAAAAAAUCACAUUUGGUUUUCAAAUUGAAAGACAAAAUGUCCGCAGAAGGUUUUCUACCAGAUGGGGUUACAUUUGCAGCUUUGUUGCAUGGUUUAUGUGACGAGGACAAACUAAUUGAUAUGAAUAAGAUUUUAUCUGAAGAAGUGCAGAAAGAUAUGCUUUGUGUUGCGCUUAGGUACUCCAUUCUAAUUGAUCAAUAUUUUUAUCAAGGCAAAGCUUCUACAGUCACAUUACAUUUGAGCAGAAUGCCAGGUACAGAUUGUGGACAGGUCAAUGUUUUCAAUGUUCUUGAACAUAAGGCUGCAGCUUUAGGAGUGGAGUGAGUAAAUCACAAAGCUUCUCAAUUGGACAUGAUUACAUUCAUCCAAAGACAUUCCUGGAGGUUGAACACAUACACCUAAUAAGGCCUCAAGUGCACAUGCUGAAGAAAUCAACUUUUUGAAACAUAGUUCUCAAGAGCUUUAAGUACUAGCUUUUGGGAAGAGAGUUGUGCUACAUUCAUCAGCAGGCAUUUUUCUUUCUAUGGACAAUGCAAGCUAAUGCCUAAUCAGUGUAUUAUGACACCUUUCAAUUGGAAUGAGAUCAGAAAAUGGUUGAAAAGUGCCUGCCAGGUGAAAAGGUUGUGAAACUUCUGGAUUUACAGUUAUGUGGUCUAGAUCAUAAAUCUAUCAGUUUGCAUCAAUUGCAGGAAUACAUCAUGGGAAUUGAAUAGCUAUGUGCUCCGUGGCAUUGAUCUUCAGAUAUGAGCACUUAAGCAGAUCCUCUUUGCCAUUACAAUUCAUCAAAAUAUCUUCAGAAGGUACAUGAUAAGGAAAGCUAAAAAUUUAGCUACACUUCCAGCAAGGUAAACUAAGGAGUGAUUUGUUAGAUUUGAGGCGUUUGACAUGGGAUGGUGCUCUAAAGGGACGGCUGGCAGAUUUGGAAGAAUUUAGAUGGAUUUAUUACUUAUGUAUAACUUAUUAUGAUAGUGUAGCAAGUAAUAAUGACCAUCCACAUAAACAAGCUGUGUAUCUAUCAGCACUAGAGCUCAAUUUUUUUUUAUGACUAUGUCUAUGUUACCAUUUAGAAAAUAGUGCUACACAUAUUCACAAAAGAAAGUGGGUGGAAAAAGUCACACCCUGAAACCAAACAGGGCAACAGCCUGGGACAAAACACAAUUACAUUAAGCAGCUAUGCAACAAGAGAAAAAACACUGGGAGGAAAUGGUUAGAUUUAUCUGAAAGGCCUUCUCAGAAACAUGUAUAAAAUUGGGUCAAAUGUCUUCAUCUCAGAGGGGGAUUACUACAGCAUAACAUGAGACAGGAUAUGCCCAUAAAAUUGUCACCAUUCAAGGUAUUAUCUAUUUUUCAGACUAGCAAGUAAUUGAUUCAGAGUUAAUAUUAAAUAUCGACUCACUAGAUGUGUCAUUCAA